AUGGCUGAGGCUGCUGGGGUGGCGCGCAUCUUCCUGAAGGAUGGAUCAUACAAGGCAGUGAGAGUCACCGGAAGCACGACCAUCAGGGAGGCCUGCGGCAUGUUUGCCCGACGGCUCCAGCUGCCUUUACUUUCCGAAGCUUACGAACUGCGACAAAUCACUCCGCAAGGAGAGAGAGUGCUGGGCCAAGAGGAGCGGGUGUGGGACGUCCUGCAGGAGUUUGCCACCCACCCCGACUACGAUCCGCUCGAGCUGCAAGAAGAGAAGGUCAAGUAUCGGCUGAUGUUCUCCUUCACCGAGGACAUGCGCACGCGUCUCUCGGUGCGUGUCGGUCUGCCGCCGCCGAGGCCGGGCAAGCCCGCACCGGCGGGGGUCUCCUUCCUCACCCCCAGCAAUCCGCACGUGCCCGUCUCGCCGCUCUCGAUGCCAUCGGGUCAGUCGAGCCGCUCCUCGCCCAUGCUCAUGUCUUCGCCACCCAUGUCGCCGCCGUUGUCGCCCACCGCCGGCGGUGGCUCGAUGACCAUGCGCCGCCCGCCGCCGCCCGUGCCCGAGCGCUCGGGAAUGAGCCGACGACAGACCUUCGCCUCCGACGGCCCGCCCAACAUCCCAGCGCCAGUAGUGCCGGCGCCUUACUCUCAGCCUUCACAGCCUACGUCACACCCCGCAUUCCAGCUGGAGGCGCCCACAUUCCAACAGCCACCGCCGCAGCCUCCUGUGCAGGCCCAGGCCCAGGCUCGACCACCGGGGUCGUCUGGCCGACCACUGCCACAGCCGAACACUGCCCGACAGGGCCGGCCGCUUCCGCAGCCGCAGCCUCGCGGCCAGCCGCGCACGCCUCCAACCGCGGCUGCUCCCCCUUCAACGCCCGCUCCCGUUGCGGUGGUUCCGGCGCCGGUGGUCUCGCCGCUGCAGCCGACGGCACGAAGCCCCGCCUUCGCGGCCUCACCUGCUCCUGCGCCGCCUGCGCCCGAGCCCCGGCGAACAGAAGCCGAGCGCGAUAGCGAUGUGGAUGAGCUGGCCAGCGUCAUCUUCAAGAUUGAAGGACUCGACCAGUUCUCCUCCGUGACUGCCAGUCAGGUACCAUCAGUUCCACCUCCUCGCUUGAGAGCUUGA